CUACAGGAAGUUUUAGCUAUUUUGCUAACAUACUGCUGCUCUUGCCUGCAGCUUCUGAAGACUGUGACCCCAUAAACUUCCUGUCUGUAGAGACAGCUAAUGCUUUAAUUGAUCAUUAGUGCACUUUCAAAAUGAGUUUCCAUCUGCCAAAAGAUUAAGUGUCUUGGGGAAUUGACUUAGAGCAGUUUGAUGCAUGGAGGAUAAAUGCAAGUGCCUUUAAAAAGCACUGCUAGAUCACAAAUCCUUGAAAAACUUGCUUCUAAAGGAAAAGUAAUAGAAAAUAUUUUUUCUCUGAUUUGUUUUUUCUCAAAUUGGAGAAGGUCUUUUUUGUAUAUAUCAAUGAGAGUUCAUUAACUCAUUUUCAAAAACUGAAAAGCAAAACCUCAUGGAAAAUGUUGAAUUUAACCUUAGAACAAACCAUGUGAAUUUUGGUAGUUUUAAUUUGCAACGUAGAUUUUUUUGUUAAAUGAGUUUAUUCCAAUAGUAAAAAACUACAUGCUUUGGGCCAAAAAAAAAAACCCAAACAAACCCCAAACUUUUGCACGAGCUGUACUUGAGAAAACUGGCGGGAAAACACCUCCAUGAUUUAUCAUGUAUUUUCACAAUUACUGGGGUCGCUUCUGUUUUCUUCAAGCUUUUGCCUUUUAGCUUAUUUGGAGAGAAUUUACAGGUUUUCAUGUUGGUUUCUCUCUGCCACUUUUGUACAAGCCACUUUUGGGAAAACUUCUACCAUUGCAAUAACACAUUUAUUACAGAAAUGGUACCUUCUUUCUUACGUAUCAGAAAAAGCAGUGCUAUUUAACUCAGGUAAGGACAGUUCUAGCUAGUAAGAAUGCCAUUCUGGCUACAGUAGAGCUGGCAAAGUUGUUGUAGCAGAAAAUAUGGGAACCGUAGUUGUCUUACAGCAGUGCCAGAGACGGAUGUGGUUUGUGUUGUACUGGUUAUCCACCACCUUUGCUGUGGUUAUGAGUUCCUCAUUAGUGUCUGUCUUGUGACCCCCAAAAUGGGCAGCUGCAGUGAUUUUCACACUCUUCCUACUGGUCCUUUAAUGCCUUCUACAGUACACAGCUUUAGGACUGUGUGCAGUUGCGGUAGAGGAGAAGCCUGAGUGGCUGGCAUGGAAAAGAUGGUAAAAAGAUAGAGAUGGACAUUUUUUUCCCAAAUGUCUGUCUACUCCUCCCCUGAUUCACCACUCAGGGGAAAACAAGUCUAAAUGCAUUGUUUUAUAUAUAAUCACUAGUGGUCGUCGAAGCAACACCUAAUUGAUUAAGGCUGUAAUUGUAGUGAGUGGAAAGCAAAGGACACUACUUUUGCAAAUAACACUGGGAAGAUUUAUCUUACCUUUGUAUGAAAGGUUGCAUUCUGUUUGGCUUGUCAGGCAAAGUGGAAGAUACUGGUGGCACAAUCGUUUUAUGACAGGAUGUUGGAGCUGGUUUAAUGUAGGCUGACUCUAAAAAGUGGAGCUUUACUUUUUUAACUUUGCCACAUGCUGAUAGGAAAGAAUCCAUUUAAAGAAUAUGGCUAAUGCUAUUCUAUCGACACUGCAAUGUUUGAAGAAAUCAUUAAAAAAAAGGGGGAAAUAAGAUCUUGGCCUUCAAUUUAUUAAUAAUGGAAUAUGAAGGCCAGAUUGUAACUGUAGAAGUUCAUUUCGAAUUUAAAUAUUUAGCAUUUUCAGUUGUCUGUGAAUACAAGAAAACUUAUUACAUUAAGAUGGAAUUUAGAUCUUUGACAUGAAGCUGAUAUUUUCAUAGUGUGAAAAAUAUCAAGCUGACAUUAUACUGUCUUAUUUGAUGACUUCCAAAUGUCAGAGUGCAGUAACUUAUUCAUAGGGACCUCCAUGUCUUGUGAUAGUGUCAAUUUAAAAGACAUUUACAUCGACUUUUUUAUUUAAACAUGUAAAAUGGAAUAUGCAAAGUAUAUGAAGAGAAGGGGGAAAGACCGGGGCGAGAAAGUUCUUAAUAAUAUAAUGAGGCACUUCUAAGGCUAAUUUCCAGCACAGCCUUCUGACAGCGGCAGGGGCUGCACCCGGCAGUGCCGCUCCGUCACAGCAUCCCCCUUCUUCCCGGCCCAGCGCUCUCGUGCUUCUUGUUAUUUCAACUGAAUUUAGGGACUUAGAAAUAGCAGGGUAUACUCUCCUGAAAAGUAACCCCCCUAUCGCUUCCUUUUAAAAGUGAUUUUAUAAUAACGGAACAUACUGAACGUUUGAGAUCAUUAUGCCUGGGAGCUAACGGUGCUGUCGGCUGUGCAAGACCUCGGUGUGAUGGCUGGUAACGGGAUUGUGAAGCUACAAUGACUGAAUACAAGAAGCCUAAUUUUAUAUUCCAGUAAAUCUUUGUGUAUGGAGACGCAUGGAAUCUCAUUUAGAAUUCAAAUCACUGUGAAAGAACUGCUGGAUACAGAUGUACUUUUAAAGUUGUUAUUUCAUUUACCAGUCAGUUAUCCAUCAGCUGUACCAGAUAUUUCUGUUAACUCAGACCAGCUUACAAGGGCCCAAUGUAUGGACGUGAAAGAUAAAUUACUUGAACAAGCAAAGAAGCAUCUUUCUGAACCCAUGGUACAUGAUCUGAUUCUUUGGAUACAGCAGCAUCUUAAAGAUGUCAUUAAGCAAUCAGCAACAGUUUGCAGUGAAAAAACUACUUCGUCAAAAGGAACAAGUGCAGAAGAUGGUAUCUGGAUGCUCCUUUUGCAUUUAGAUCACAUGAGAGCAAAGGCAAAAUACGUGAAAACUGUGGAAAAAUGGGCUUCAGAUCUAAGGCUGACUGGAAGACUGAUGUUCAUGGCCAAGAUAAUAUUGAUUCUUCUUCAGGGUGACAGGAGCAGCAUUAAGGACUACUUGAUUCUUCAGAAAACUUGUAAGGUAGAUGUGGACUCAAGCGGAAAGAAAUGCAAAGAGAAAAUGAUGAGUGUACUGUGUGAGACAGAAGUACAAUCACAGCAUAAAAGGUUUCAGACAUUUGAAGUCAAAGAAUACUCAACACUGAAGGAAUUACAAAAGGAAUUUGAAACUGCAGGACUUAAAACUCUUUUCUCUGAGUUUGUGCCUCCUCUCUUAAAAUAAAAUUAAAAGAAAACAUGGGACCUUUGACCGAAGCAGUAGUUGACUACAGCUGCUGAUGGAAGAUGAAAGGACUAAUGUGGCAAAUGUUAAAGCUUUUCUGCAAAAAGUGCCAGAAGUAGUCAUCCUCUUGCAAGAAGAAGGCAAUUCAUACAUUAAGACUGUUUUGCAGUCCCUGUUUUUCAAUGUUUUGUUUCUUCUCUCUCAUGGCAGAGUUUGUUGAUAAUGGUCUGCUAGAAAGCAUGAUUAAUUUUGCUUUGGGAGAUUAUAUGAAGAUAUUUCUGUAUAAAAACAUAGCAAACGCAGAUUUCAAUAUGUGAGGACAGCAUAUACUUAAUAUUCCUUAGGAGUUCAUUUGCUAACUUUUCAUUCUCCAUUUAAUUGACUAUAAAUGCUAGACUAUUGAUUUGAAGAAAAAGCUCGUGUUCCUUUGGCCCUGAAAAAACUUAAAGUGUCUUUUUGAAUGUUAGUUUUAAUUCUAAAAUGUAUAAAAACACCUAACUGUAGAAUUUAAAUUCAUUAAAAAGCUAAGCUAAAGCCAAUGGUAAUAUUUGCUUUGAUAGUUUACAGAUUUCUUUUUGCAUUUUAUCUGGUUUUACUGUCUGUGCAUCUUUAUAUAUCUUGAUUCAAUUAAACUGUCAGAGCAGCAUAUAUACAGACUUCUGUCUCUCAAGACUUUGGUCAAGUUUUCUGGUUUGGUGUUUUUGUUUGUUUGUUUUGGUUUUGUUUUGUUUUUGAUUGGUCACUGGCCUUGGCCAGCUUAUAGUUGUGGUUUUUUUUAGUCAGUCUAUGUUUUACAUUUACAUUAGUAUAAUGUUACAAAUUAUGUACAUAAUUUUAUAAACUUUGCAAGUUGUGCAAGUUCUGUUUGCCUAGGGAGAAUUGGAUACUUAUUUCUUAAAAUUAUUAAUGUCCUUUGGUUUCUGUUUUACCUGAAACCAUUCUCUAGCCAGGCUAGAUAAAUUAUCCAGUAAUAAAAAUUUUGCAGUCAUGAAUUUCUCAGUAACUAGCAAUGUCAUUUUGGUUGGUUUUAGCAUGUACCUAAACAUGUGCUUUACUGCUCUCUAAAACUCACUCCUAGAAGCCAACUGUCUCAUGUAUUCUUUGUAAACUAAACAGAUUUGAUAAAUUCAGUAUAAAUUAAUUUAUCUCCAUUGUACUGGGAGAAGAUCAGGACACUUUGGUUAGUUUCUGUCCUGGAAAAUUAUUAUGUAAGAUACAAUUUCCAGUUUCAUACUCAGACCAUGAAAUCAUUCCUCUUUCUUUAUAUAUUCUAGAAAAGUAAACUCGUAAGACUUUUAGGUUUUACUUUUUUUAGGGGUUUUUUUGAGAUAUCAGAUGCAUAAGGGGUUGUAGACGAUUAGAGAGUUUCUGAAGUUUCUAAGGAGUUUGCUAAUUUUCUUAAUAGAGAGUGUCUCAAAUAUGUAUGUUGCAUGUUAUUUUGUGCACUGAUGCUUAUUUAAUGACAUAGUAGAAAAAGUUCUUCUUAAUAAGUCUUUCAUGUUUAGCACAUGUAAUACUUCAGGCACAGUAGAAAACAGUCUGGGUUGAACAGGUUUUACAAAUCUGUUUUAUAUUAUUUUGAAAUGGCUUCCUGAGAGAUAGGAAUCUAAUUUUCCAUCAUUUUAAAUGCAUAUGAAGAUGAAUUCUUACUGUUAUGAAGAAGAAUGGAACAGAAGUCUCUUUAAAAUAUUAAAAUAACAUAUAUUUUAAAUUAUAGUUUCAAGAAUUGAGCUGUUCUCAGGUAAAAUACCUAUGUUGAAAAACUCUGUGUCAGUGGAGUAUAGUCUUGAAAAGAUGCCAGGGGUCUCUCCUUAUGCUAUGCGGAUCUGACAAGUAUCAAACCCAAGAAAAGGCUUAUGCAUGUACAAUACAAAAACAUAAUCAGUAUCUCUCUGCAAAAUGCCAGAUGGAUUUCAUGUCCUCAGCCAAAUCUUUACUUUAAAACCCUCCAAAUUUCUGGAACAAGAACAGUAAGGUACUUUAGCACAACCCAUAUCACAAUAUUUUGCCGUUAAAAUCUGCCUGAGGCCGUAUGCAACAUGCAUAUAAAUCUGUUGUAUAUGCUUUCUGUUGAUUUUGGGAAUAAGGUUGAAUAGCAUACCUACUCAUGUGAUCUCAAAUUGCAUGUGACUUAAAAAAUAAUUGAGGCAUAAGUUGUGGUCAUCUUUCUUGCAAGAUUAGAUGGAGACCCACUAAUUCUUUUCUCCCUACAGAAAAGUGACUGUAAUUGGCUGCACAAGAAAAGCUAUUUGUAGGGUCAGUGGUUGCCAGUUGCACUUGAAUAUAAACUGAUGUAUUUUCUUGAGUUUUAUUGCCUGAUGCCUUCUUGGUCAACUGUUUGGCCGGAGCUGGCAUUCUGAAGCAGCUAAUUAAAAAAACAGAUAAAAAGAGCAAAUGAGAAUUGGGUAAGUUGCAGCUCUCUUCUAAUCUGCGCUCAUCUUUCUGCCAAAUGAAGUUGUAAGAAGCUAGAUGAUUUCUGUGUUUCAGGAGUUGUAAAAUGCAGUUUAUACAAUGGAUUUUUACCAUAGUUAAAUUUGUUACUCACUAGCUUACAUUGGACAAAUCCACAAGUUCGGUGUAGGAAAGGACUGCAGGUUUUUUGGUUGGUUUGAUGUGCUUCAGGAGAAUUACAAAUCUGAUCAGCUUGAUACUGUUCAGACAGCAGAGAACAUGAAAACUGAUGUCAGUCUGAUUCUGUUAAAACAAAUGCUUUUGCCUAUCCAUCAGUCAGUCACUUAUUUUGAAGGGUAGGAGGAUAUCUUCUGUUCAUAUGAGUAAACAAUGUUUUUCAAGGCUGUUCUUUUGGAAGGAUGUUGCAGCUGUCUGUUAACUGAUGGUUUGUUUGCAUUUAUUGUAAAAAGAGAUGGGCAAGCCUGUGAGCCCCUGGGGCACAGAAGUCGUCAAAAUAGGUAGUGUGGUGCAUGUUCUGCCCUCCAAGGGAACUGAAGCAGACACAGAAGAACAACAAAACAUGCAGAUACAGAAAAACAAAAUGCAGGGAAAAGUCAAAACUCUUGAGCAUUGUUAAAGAAUGCCUAUCAGAGUUUAAAAAGUUUGGGAAGUGUAUGUAACUAUCAGAAUCUGACAGUUCAGUUGCAAGGAAGAAGAAAUCCACAAAUCAAAAAUGAUUUAACAAAUAAGAAGCUAGAUUUCUUGUGGAUAUUGUAUUAUAAGUAGUUCUUCAAAAUACAUGGUUAGUAAAGCCUUGUUUCUGGUGGCCUAUCUUGUUUCUAAACAAUAGCACACAUGAAGCCUUCCCUGCAGAAGAUACAUUCCCGAUGGUAUUCUCCCAGGUGGGUUCCCCAGUGCCUGAUGUUGAUUGUGCAUAAAUUGAUUAUUGUUUACAUGAAUCUUUAGAGUAUGAAUAGCAUUUCUUCACCUGUUACCUUGUUCAUCAAAGUUGUAGGUACUUGGUUUCUUUCAGGUUGUUAACCUCUCAUUUUAAUUGAAAUGAGUUAAAUUAAAAAGUCCUGGGAUAACUUCAUAGUAUAAACAUGCAUGCUUCUGUACAGACAGCACAGAUAUGUAACCAUAGUUUCCUUUGAAAAUCAGGCUAAAAUGAAAGAUGUUGCAAUAGGAUUGACAACUUGAAGAAUCAAGUUUUUAGGACAAAAGUGAGGUUUGUUUGGUCUUUUUGAAUACCUUGGCAUAUUAAGUGUAAAGAAAACAAAAAAUGGGUUAAGAAAACAAAAAGGAUCUAGAGGAGGGAAGUAACUUUAAUGGAGGACAUCAUCGGUAUUAGGAAUUCACCUGCUUUUCAUAUUUAGUCUCAUUAAUUUCUGCAGCACCCUCGACUCUGAUUUGUUAUUUGAUGUUGGAAGAAGGACAGGACACUGUAAGAACUCAUAUACGAAAAUCCUUGGCAUAAUCAAUUAAAAAUAAUUGAAAGUAGAUUUGAUUGUUUUGUGAAUAAGGCUGAUUUUUGCAGGUUUGUGGUUCUGUCUCAUUUUCCUAUAAUAAGAUCAUUUGUCUCUUAUUUCUGACCUACAAAACUCAGAUUAGUAUAAAUUAUAUGCAGAAGUACUGUAAUGAGCCUAAAGAAACUUCAUAGUGGAAAAAAUAUUUUGUUUAUGUUGUUUCCUUUAAAAAUAGUUUAAUAAACCCUGCAUAUGGGUGAUUUAAAACCGAGUGUCCCUUGAUUUGUUAAGCUUUAUCUGUGAAAAUACAAACAUAAUCAUGUUAUAGUACAUCUGAAAUAAGAUGAUGAAAGGUUGCACUCACUGUAUUUUUGCCAGAGUUUGAAACUGAAAUUGCUUAUAUUAUGAAAUAGUGCAAUUGCUGGAAUCAACUUUCAUAUAUCUUAUAGUAGUAUUAAGCAUUAUCAUCCUGUCUUUUAGUGCAUAACACAUGCAACACUGGCAGCACUCUGUCUGGCUUUAUAUUUUCUAUGUGUACAUAUUUUUAUGUUAUCUUAUGCAACAGUCAUGAUUAUUUAUAUUAAUUAUAGACAUAAAUGGAACUUGAAAUGUGAAUAUGGUAAUGCCAUUUUGCAGCUGUUGUUCUGUGCCGCGUUCAUGUAUUGGCUUUUGUAUUAGUUUGUGUUGUCUAACUUCAAAGUAUUAACCCACAGUGAAGAGAACUCUUCAGAAUGACAGAAAAAUUUGCCUAAAAGACAUUCAUUUAAGGAAUUCUUUGGACUCUAAAAAUGAAUGCCUUAAUAGUUGCAGUUAAUUAUGCAUUCAGAUACUUGAAUUUUAUGCUAAUAAGGUAACAACUGCUGCACUUCUUAUUUUCUUUGUGUUUCUUAAUGUAAUACCUGUUAUCUAUUUGUAUUUUGCAUUAGAACAUAGCUGAUCAUGAAAUUGGAGUCAAUGUUUUAUUAGUAUUUCCCAUUGUAAAUGUCUGUGAUUCAUUAUAUGUAUGCAUUGUUAUCUAUUAUAACACGAAUGCAAAGAGCUAUUUUAGGAUGAAACUUGAUACAAAAGAUCUCUGCAUGAGAACAA